CGACAGCUGGUAGAGAAUUAGGAAGUAAACAAACGCCACGAAUGUCAACGAGUGACGUUCCUGUUUGUUUGUUAGCUUUUUAAGAUCAUGUCGUUUUUUUGUGUUAUUUAAAUAACACUUCUGAUUAAAGCAUUGUUUCCAUAAUAAUUUUGUUUAAUAGUGCAACGCUGUAUCUAGUCUUGACAAGACAGACCUGUUGUAGUGCAACGAUGGGAAUGACCUCCUUUCAGCAGGUCGUGAUCGCGUUUUCUUUGGUGAUAUUUGCCUUCGUGAUUUUCCCUAGAAUGUCCGGAGGUGGAACCAAAGAUGCGAGAGCGUUCGAUGCCAAUCAGCAAAGAAAAGCUGAGCCGGGCCCUGGAAGAGGGCAUCAUUCCAGCAUGAAUGCAGACGGCUCUAAGAGCCAAUCGUUUGCAAGCAUGCAACAAAUGAGAAAAGCCAUGGAGCAAGAAAUGAAGAACGAAAAAUACAAGGGAAACAACAAAGGAUUUGUGUUCACACUGAUGCCACUGUAUGCAGUUGGAGUUGGCGUCUUUGCAGUGUACAAGUUUCUUAAGAUAAAGUCACAACAUGAGACAGGAGCAGUCAAGAGGGAAACUUCUAAAGGGACCAGAAAGCCAGAAGACACAGAAAAUCAACUGCAUGAACUGGAGCAAAGGCUGUCCCAGACGGAAAAGAUGCUGAAUUCCAUACUGACCCAGCUAGAUCCAUUAACUAACUGUGUUGAAUCCGUGGCCUCUGAACAGAAGAAUGAGAUCAUGGUGCAGCUCCAUUCCAUCAGACAGCUGAUGAGAAAGAGAGGCAUGAAUAUACAACAGCUAAACAUUGAAGAACCAGCAUGCGAUAAGAAGCUUGAAGACCUCAUCCAGUCACUAAAGGAAAGUGAGACUGAAUACAGUGUGAAGGAGGGUGAGGAGAUCAGUGCUAGUGAAGAAAAUCUGUUGGAGGAUCCCAACGCAGAAGAAGAUCUGAGUGAUAUUUGUGAAAAUGAAGAUGACGAAUCUAAAGAGGAUGAUCUCGCUGUUGUCUCCAGUGAAACCAAAAAUGAAGACAUGGCGGUUACUCCAAGUUGCUCUGAAGAGCUGGAGGAGAUGGGAUUAAGGAGACGCAACAAGCGUGAAUGAUCAGUGGUUGAAAGAAAUACUAUUUUAAAGAAUUUGCCUUAUUUUCCUGGAUGGUGAAAAUAAACAAAACAUAAUAUUGCAAGUAUCAGUAGAGCUGUGUACUUUAACAUGGUUUUAUGUAUUUUUGAGUAUACUCUAUCUGAGCCCCAAGGAACAAUAAUGAAUCUGCACCUGGGAUGCAAUCUGGAGAAAUUGGGCUUCAUUUAUUUAUUCAUUUUUAUUUGUAAAGAUAGGGUUCCUGCAGGUUGUAAAACAAAACGCUAUAUAUUUUCAGGGAAAACUAGAGAACUAAACAAAAAUAUAUAUUUUUCUUCUUUUUAGCAGUAGUGAAAUGGUUAAGUUCUUCACUUCUAUAGGUUAAUGAGGACAUCCAAGGGUAUACAGUACUCAUCAUACAUUAUGUGAAUAUUGGUAAUGGUGUUCUACAUAUUUCCUGUUUUCUGUAAUAUAAAUGAUAGGCACUGUUGCAUUUAAACUGUUUUGCUCUGUACUGUUGUAUGUCUUUGUGCAUGUUAAAAAGCACAGGUGUAGCUCAAUCUGCUGUGCAUCUUGUAUAGACCCUGCUCAUUCUGUGUGCUGUCAAAACAGAAAUAUGUUACCAGUGUAAGAAAAGAGAUGUGUCACA